AUGCAACUCAAUGGGACGUUCGACGUGAAGUUAGGUAAAAGUUUUCUAGAUCGAGAUUCAACAUCCUACAUGACCAUGCGUUGUGAUUUCAUGCCCGCUUCUGUCGAUCGUUCACAACCUGGGUCAAUCAAAGUAAACGAGAGCAAAGAAGUUGUUGUUAGCCUGCCCAACGUUACAAACUCUGGACCAGAUACAGCAACUUUGUUUCGUGGAACUGCACGUCCUGUUCAAAAAGAAUGUAUUUUGAUCUACAAUAAAAAGACCCAUGAAUUAACCUUGGAGAGAAUUGCACAUACUGUGCAGCUAAAGAAAACCCGAGAAGAACGAAAAGCUGACACCACUUGUCCGACCAACUCAGAAAUGCCACAGUUCCAGUCCUUGGCUAGCCGCUCAGAACAAGAUUUAAAAUCUGUUCGACCAUCUCCAACCAAAAGAAAAUCUAAUGAUCCCGAGAUAUCGACUUCGAGUUCUAUAGUACAACAGCCAACUCAAAAAAAGCCUCCACAUUCGAGAACGCUAAGUAGCAGUAGCAGCAGUAGUAGUAGUAAUAGUGGUACUUCUAGUAGUAGUUGUGACAUGGAUAUUGAAACAUCGGAGAGUGAUAGUGACAGCUCCUCAGAAAGUGAUUCAAAUUCAUCUACUCUUAGUAGUUUAUCAAAUGACAGAAACAAAACGUCGAAAGCAAAACCAUCUUCAAAUGGAAAAACUAAUACGAAAACGGCCAAUGCAACAAAUUUAGCGGCCCAUCGUAAACUGAUUGAACAUGAUUUAAAAUUAAGUGAUUCUGACUCUGAUUCUUGUGCAUAG